AUGGCUAAGCAAUCUUUAGAUGUUUCCUCUGACAGAAAUAAGUCCAGAAAGGCUUACUUCAACGCUCCAUCUUCUGUUCGUCGUGUCUUAUUAUCUGCUCCAUUAUCCAAGGAAUUAAGAGCCCAAUACGGUAUUAAGGCUUUACCAAUCAGAAGAGAUGACGAAGUCUUAGUCACCAGAGGUGCCAAGAAGGGUCAAGAAGGUAAAGUUUCUUCCGUUUACAGAUUAAAGUUUGCUAUUCAGGUUGACAAGAUCUCUAAGGAAAAAUCUAACGGUGCUUCCGUUCCAAUCAACAUUCACCCAUCUAAGGUCGUUAUUACCAAGUUACACUUAGACAAGGACAGAAAGGCUUUAAUUGAAAGAAAGGGUGGUAAAUUAGAGUAA